UCCUCUGAAAUACGUGACGACGUGAACCCGCCAGGAGCAGAAGUGACUUCCAGCUGUUUUCUGAAGAACUGCGCGUGCGGUGGACAACUCUCACUGUUUGUUUUUACUAACUUUACACAAACGCAGCCUUGUAACAGCGGACAUGGCGCUGACCGACGCUGGCGUCCAGAAACAGAUCAAACAGAUGAUGGGCUUUAUUGAACAAGAGGCCAAUGAGAAAGUUGAGGACAUUCAUAACAAGGCGGAGGAGGAGUUCAACAUCGAGAAAGGUCGUCUGAUUCAGACUCAGAGGGUGAAAAUAAUGGGUCACUACGAGAAGAAGGACAAGCAGAUCGAACAACAGAAGAAAAUCCAGAUGUCCAACCUGCUGAACCAGGGGAGGCUGAAGGUGCUGAAGGCCCGAGACGACUUGAUCGGGGAUUUGCUGACCGAGGCUCGUCAGAGACUUGCAGAGAUCGCCAAGGACCCUGCGGUGUACUGCACCCUGCUGGAGGGCCUCAUACUUCAGGGAUUCUAUCAGCUGCUGGAGCCAAAGGUUACCAUUCGCUGUCGACAGCAGGAUGUAGAAAUAGUUCAGGCUGCAGUGAAGAAGACCAUACCCAUCUACAAAGAGGCAGUGAAGAAAAACAUUGCCGUCAGAAUCGACCAGGAGCGUUUUCUUUCAUCAGGAAUCUGCGGAGGAGUAGAAGUCUAUAAUGAUAACGGGAAGAUCAAGGUUGCCAACACUUUGGAGAGCAGGCUAGAUCUUAUGGCUCAUCAGAUGAUGCCUGAAGUCAGAAUGAACUUGUUUGGCGCCAACCCCAACCGCAAGUUCACAGAUUAGCGUUGGAUUUGAAGAGGGAGCAGUGCGGACACAGGUGGAAUAUUUAAGGUGACCACAGACUAUCCUCACAGUGUUUCAACAGCUUGCACAAUCACCUGCCAGUCACCAGGGUCAAAGAAAAGCCAGAUUUACUGAACAGGAUGCUUCUAUUUUACUCAUGGGUCGUCUAACCGACUGCUUGCAAUGGCUUUGAAAAUAUAUAUAUUCCCCUUGUUGUUUUGGGUACAUUUUUGCUCUUUCUAAGUUAUUAAAUUGAUCAAAUCUACAUGUUUAUGUCACAAGAGAUAAACAUGUUCCUCACACAAACGUACUCUACAUUAUCUGUAGAUCAAAGCCUAUAGUGAGGUUGAAUAUCUGGUAUGUUCGCCAAACAGUAUUUGAAAUAGUUUGACUUAGUGUGUGUGUGUGCAUGUACGUGUGUAGCAUAGGCCGCUAUAUAAAGCCAAACCAUCUUGAUCGCCUCCUGUUGGCUGGUGACACUAUAGGUCAUAAACUUCACCUCCUCCAUGUUAGCGGAUGGGACAUGGAAUAAACUGAAAAGUCACACAUUCAAUUAUUUUCUAUUUUUUUCAAAGAGUUUCUGUCACUUUAGGUAGUUUCACACUGAUGUUUGUCCAAGUGCUCAUUUUUGUGGUAAGUUCGUAUCAAUUAGUUAUUUGAUGGUAUAAAAAUGGGUGGAACAUGAUUGACAGUGCGUGUAUCGGCAGGACUUCGAUAUCUCAGCUCCACAUCACAAUCACUUCUUCAAAGACUCUGGCUCCAGAUGAUGUCAAAAGCACAAGAUGGCAGCGCCUGUAUUUUUGAUAUUUUGACCUUUUUUUUUUAUACAAUUGGAGGAAGUGGAGACUCGUCAUCCAUCCAUGUAUACAGUUUAUGUCAGGGACAUUGCAAGGGGGGAAUAUUUUGUCUUCAUGUUUGUGUGAGUGAACACACGUCGUCCAUCUUUUUAUACAAUCUGUGGCGUGUGGACACAGACGGGAUGUUUUCAAGUGUUGUGGAGCACAAAAAAAACUACCAAAGAAAUAAAGUCACGUGACACAUAGAAACCA